AUGAACGGUCACCCAAACAGCCAGGCAGAUCUAUUGCAAGGGCAGCUCAUGUCAACGUCGUCUGGUUUGACUAAUAAAGAGCAAGACCGUGAGAUCUUGGGUCAGCAACGGAGUAUACCAGUCAAGUUCCAGGAAACAAACCAAGCAGGUCAGUAUCUGCUCACGUCCGAAGAUGCCGCGCUCUUGCAAGAGAUACUCCAGCAUACUCUUCAUGUCGAGAGAUCCGGGGCGGCAGUGAAGCGGAGCUUUCGCUUUCGAGAUCUCGAAUUCACUCGGCAACUAAGCACCUUUGAUCGCCAAAAUCCGACCUUCCACUCCUCCCAGUUCCACGGCUUCUUUACCCUCUUCUGGCUAGGGGUGACCUUAAUGCUUAUCAAGGUCGCUGCCAAUAACUUCCGAGCGUACGGGACUCCCUUUGGAAAGAAUGAAAUCAUUCAGCUCAUGUUGAGUCGUGAUGUGCUGGUUCUCGGCAUUACGGACUUCAUUUUGUGUUGGUCUACUCUGUUCUGCCUUGUUCUUCAGCAAGUAAUCUUCCGAGGGUAUCUACAUUGGAGUCGAUCUGGGUGGAUCGCUCAAAAUAUCUGGCAGACGGCAUAUCUUGCUGGCUUCAUCUGGUGGACAUACCAUCGUGAUUGGCCUUGGACACAUACGGUCUUUAUUGUCCUGCAUUGUUUAACAAUGUUGAUGAAGCAACAUAGCUAUGCUGCCUACAAUGGUUACCUAUCCGAGCUGUAUCGAAAGCGACAGCUGUUUAAAGAUCGUCUCCAUCGGCUCGAGAAGCAUGUCAGUGACAGCUUCACAGGGACAGCGAAUACCUCAUCCGUGUUCUCUAGUGCUGGUCUGGAUUCCGAGAUUACAUCCCUCAGGAAGCAGAACCGGCGACGCAGCUCUGCAGACUUUAAUAAUUUCCAUGGGACCCGGAAUACCGAUCACCUUCUGUCGCUCUCCGAAAGCAUUGAGAACGGCACACCGUUGGAGCCGACUCAAAUGAUGUCCCUGAAGUCUCUUCUAGAGAAGGAGAUUGAACUUUUGUCUGAGGGACUUCGGGGUCAAUUUUCAUCUGCCAAUCACUAUCCCAAAAAUCUGACAGUCCACAACUUCUGUGAUUUUGUCACCCUGCCUACUUUGGUUUACGAGCUAGAAUACCCUCGCACAGAGAAAAUUGACUGGGUAUAUGUUGCUGAAAAGACCGCGGCCACAUUCGGCACUAUCAUGGUUAUGAUCGCCGUGUCUCAAUAUUGGAUCUACCCCGUCGUCAUGCAGACCCUGCGCAUGAAAGAAGAAGGUUUGACGGUACAGCAGAGACUACAGGAGUUUCCCUGGGUCUUGAGUGAUCUGCUAUUUCCAUUCAUGAUGGAGUAUCUACUAGCUUUCUACGUCAUCUGGGAGUGCGUGCUCAAUGCAUUAGCCGAAAUUACCCGAUUUGCAGACCGUGGGUUCUAUGCCGACUGGUGGAACUCGGUCUCCUGGGAUCAAUUUGCCCGCGACUGGAACCGCCCGGUGCACAGCUUUCUGCUACGGCACGUCUAUCAUAGCUCCAUUAGUACCUUCCACUUGUCGCGGGUUUCUGCCAGCUUAAUAACAUUCCUGCUAUCGGCUUGCGUUCAUGAGCUCAUCAUGCUCUGCAUCUUCCGGCGUCUGCGGGGCUAUCUGCUAAUCCUACAGAUGUCCCAGCUCCCCCUAGUUUCCCUGAGUCGAACACGCUUUAUGCGGGACCAGAGGCUGGUGGGGAAUAUCUUCUUCUGGCUAGGGAUUUUUACUGGCCCCAGUCUACUCUGCAGUCUGUAUCUGAUCAUUUGA